GGGGAAACUGUUUCCACUUCUCUAUUGCAGUAGUGAGGGGAUAGUACCCAUUUAUGAGAAACUGUUGUGAGAUUAUAUAGGCUCAGUGUGAAUUCAUGAAAGGAAAUUUUUUCUUCCAUAGAACUUAUAGCCUUAAAGUCAUUGUGCGUUGUCUUGAGGAUUACCUGUCCAGAAUGGCCUUUGAGGAGCUUCUGGAUAAAGUUGGUGGCCUGGGGAAAUUCCAGAUGCUUCAGAUGGCUUUAACUUUUCCUUCUUACAUGACAGUAGUCUGUCACAUACUGUUGGAGAACUUCACUGCAGCCGUUCCUGGUCAUCGCUGCUGGAUCCACAUUCUUGAUAAUGCCACUGUCUCUGGUAAUGCCACUGGGAUCCUCAGCCCUGAUGUCCUCCUGAGAAUCUCCAUCCCACUGGACUCAAACUUCAAGCCAGAGAAAUGUCGUCGCUUCCUCCACCCCCAGUGGCAACUCCUUCACCUGAAUGGGACCUUCCCCAACAUGACUGACCUGAACAUGGAGCCCUGUGUGGAUGGCUGGGUGUAUGACCACAGCUUGUUCUCCUUUACCAUCGUGACCGAGUGGGACCUAGUAUGUGACCAUCAGUCACAGAAAUCAGUGGUUCAAUCCCUAUUCAUGGCUGGAAUGCUGGUGGGAAGCUUCAUUUAUGGCCAUCUCUCAGACAGGUUUGGGCGCAAAUUGAUCCUCAGGUGCUGUUUGCUCCAGCUCGCCGUCUCGGGGACCUGUGCAGCCUUUGCCCCCACCUUCCUCAUUUACUGCUCCUUACGCUUCUGGUCAGGCUGCUCUGCUGUGGCUGUCAUGUCAAAUAACAGUAUGCUCAUUGUAGAGUGGGUAAGGUCCCAGUCAAAAGCCAUGGUAAUAACACUGAUAGCCUGUGCCCUUAGUAUUGGACAGACGAUGCUGGGAGGACUGGCUUUUGUCUUUCGAGAGUGGCGCACCCUGCAGCUGGUGGUGUCUGUACCUUUCUUUGUCUUCUUUCUCUCCUCAAGGUGGCUGGUGGAAUCUGCUCGGUGGCUGAUUGUCACCAAUAAACCAGAUGAGGGCUUAAAGGGACUUCGAAUAGUUGCCCACAGAAAUGGAAUGAAGAAUGCUGAGGCAACCCUGAACAUGGAGGGUUUGAGAGCAGCCAUGCAGGAGCAGCUGGAGGCAGCACAGACCAAAACAACUGUGUUUGACUUGUUCCGCACACCCAACCUGCGUAAAAGGAUCUGUCUCCUGUCAUUUGUGAGAUUUGCAAACACAAUACCCUAUUAUGGUAUCUUUAUGAAUCUACAGCACUUUGGGAGCAAUAUAUUCCUGUCCCAGGUAAUCUUUGGAGCUCUCACUAUCUCAGCUCGAUGUCUUGCACUCCUAGUACUGAAUCACAUGGGCCGUCGACUAACCCAGAUGCUUUUCAUGUUCCUUGUGGGACUUUCCAUUUUGGCCAACAUGUUUGUGCCCCAAGAAAUGCAGACCCUACGUUUGACUUUGGCAAGUGUGGGAAUGGGCUGUGUUGCUGCUGCUGUCACCAGUAAUUCUGUCCAUAACGCUGAACUCGUGCCCACUCUCCUCAGAGCAAAAGCUUCAGGAUUAAGUAUGAUGGCUAGUAGGUGUGGGGCAGCACUGGCUCCUCUGCUGAUGACCCUAGUGGUGUAUCUACCCAGUUUACCCUGGAUCAUCUAUGGCGUGUGUCCUAUCCUUGCUGGUCUUUUCGUCUUUCUUCUACCUGAAACCAGGAAUAUGCCUCUGCUAGACACCAUCCAGGAUGUGGAAACUAACAAAAAACUCUCAAGAGAAGCAAAUGAAAAAGAUUGCUACAUAAAAGUGACAAAAUUUUAAGGUGCUUUCAUAAGCUGACUGGUGAGGAAAAGAAAAAUAUGAAGGGAAAAAAAAAAAAAACAAAAACCCGGGGGUUUUCCUUUAUAUCUACAAACUAGCAAGAAAAUAUACUAGAGAAAUGAAUCUCAUUUACAAUUAUGGCAUUAGUUUGCACAUAAAUACAUAACUUGAGGGAACAUGCAACCCUUGUACAAUCUAAUAUUUUGAGGCAGUAGUUGAAAAAAGUUUUGAAUUUACCAACAAAUUAUUAACAGGGGAAACGAUUCAGAAAUAGAGGAACAUCAUGUAAUUAGGAAGUGGCUGGUUGAUGUAUACAAGUAGAAUAAUUUAAAACAUUACUGAAAGGUCACGCUGAUCGCAGGCGGGAAGGCGCCAGCCAGAACGUGCUGACAGAGAAGCCCCCGGCCAAAAGGUCUCAGAUAAGCCCCAGGGACAGACAUCCACCAAUCAACAGCCCCGUAGCCAGGCAGACUGAUAGACGCGAGGGCGCCAAGACUCCAGCCAAUCAAAAAACUGACACGGGACCUAGAAGUCCAAUCAGCACCCUGGUCCCGCCACUUCCGUAUCCACCGGAGUAUAUAGGUGUCGCCCCCGCUCUUCGCAGAUUGCAGACUUCCGCUUUCCCCCCUGCUCGCCCGUGGGAGCUCUGCCCGGGAGCGAUUGCCCAAUAAAGUCUCUUAACACUC